AGAGCAGGGGCCCACCGGGAUUUUCCCCGGUGUCCCGGCAGCCCAGUCUGGCCCUGCAUUGAGUCCUAUGGGAGGCUUCCAAAAUCAUGCACUGAAGGUUCAAAGUCAGAAAGGUUUUUGCGCCGUUUACGAUAGUUCGGAUAUGAAAAUUUAAUUACUUUCAGAUUGUGCCACAAUAGUUUUGUACAAGCACGACAUUUGGCAAAAUUAACGCAAAACAGAAAUUUUCGUAUUUAAUGCAAAUCUUUGCAAAUCGUACUCGUUAUUCGGACUUUAAUGAAUGUGCCCCUUAGUUUGGGCUUUGUCCAAAUCCGAGCUGACCAAUUUUGAGUGCCUAACCGAAAUGAAUCAAAACCCUUAAAGCUUCAAGGAUCAUUUAUCACUCAUGGAGCAAGAUACAAAGUGCAAAAAACAGAUGCAAGCCGCCAUGCUUUUCUCAUUUUUCACACUUUUUAGCUCAUUGGCAUAGCUGUGGUUCAGAAUACAGCACAGGGACCUGAAUUUUCCCAUGAAUACAGCUUUGCCUGAUUCAGCAGCACUGUAUUCAUUGACAGGAGGAGGCACACAGGUGUACCCCAUGCAGACCCAUAGCUUUCAUUCCGGGGAGUGAUAGCAGCAUAGUGUGCAAAGGAGCCAUGUGUCCUGAAACAUAACCGCCUUGCACCCAACAGCGCCUCACACUCAUUACUAAAUGAGCACUAACCAUUUUGUUCCCCUUAGUGCUCUAGCAUUUGCACCUGGGGCAUAUGUUAAUGAGUCUCUUUAUGUCACUGCAAAACUAAAGAGAAUGGCCUUUUCUGGGCUUUACAUGGCACUCAAGAAGAGCAGGACAGCAUGGGCACUGACAAGAAUCCUGCAUACCAACAAGUCACCAUGGGGAGUUGCUUUUUUGUCUUCAAGCUGUCCUCGUAUGAGUGUGGGCCCCAUGGAACCCCCUUUCACAGCAGAUCAUUAUAGCGUGUCCCGUUUGCCAUUUCCAGAUGUCACCUCUGAAGAUCUCAACUUCUUCCAGCGUUUGCUUCCAGGCAGGGUUGUCACUGAUGAAGAUGACUUGAAAAGAUACAAUAUAGAUUGGCUACGCACCGUGAGAGGUAACAGCAAGCUCCUCCUAAGGCCUCAAAAUACAGAGGAGGUUUCCAAAAUUUUGAAGUAUUGCAAUGACAGGAAUCUGGCAGUAAGUCCUCAGGGAGGGAAUACUGGAUUAGUUGGAGGCAGUGUCCCAGUGUUUGAUGAGAUCAUACUUUCCACUGCCCUUAUGGACCAAGUCACUAGUUUUGACCAGGUUUCUGGUACCCUGGUCUGCCAGUCUGGGUGUAUUCUGGAGUCACUAAACCAGUACCUUGAAGGACAAGGAUAUAUAAUGCCACUUGAUCUUGGGGCAAAGGGAAGUUGUCACAUUGGAGGCAACUUAGCCACUAAUGCUGGUGGUCUAAGAGUCCUUAGAUACGGUUCACUAAGAGGGACAGUCCUGGGGCUAGAAGCGGUGCUUCCUGAUGGUUCGAUCCUAAACUGCCUCAACUCACUGCGUAAAGACAACACAGGCUAUGAUCUGAAGCAGCUAUUCAUUGGCUCUGAAGGGACUCUAGGAGUAAUAACAGCUGUAUCCAUCCUCUGCCCUCGAAAGCCCAAAUCUGUCAAUUUAGCAUUGCUGGGAUGUGAAAGUUUCUCUAGAGUCCUGCAAGUCUUCACUCUCUGCAGGGAUCACCUUGGGGAGAUUCUGUCUGCGUACGAGUUCCAGGACUUGGAGUCUAUGAGAGUGGUCCAGACACACCUGAAGCUGAGUAACCCUCUGCAAGAAAGUGCAUUCUACAUAUUAAUAGAAACAGCUGGCUCCUGUGAGCAACAUGACGAGGAGAAGCUCAAUGCAUUUUUGGCUAAAGCUCUGGAAUCUGGACUGGUGGAAUCAGGCACAGUGGCUACGGACCAAGGCAAAAUAAAGUCUCUAUGGGCCCUACGAGAGCGUAUCACAGAGGCUCUUGCUCAUGAUGGCUAUGUGUACAAAUAUGACCUGUCCAUACCUGUGGAGAAGCUGUAUGCCUUGGUGGAAGAAACAAGGGCUCGAUUAGGCACAUCUGCUCGAAGAGUGGUUGGCUAUGGGCAUUUAGGUGAUGGGAACUUGCACUUAAAUAUCACAUCUGAGACAUACAGCGAGUCUUUAUUGGCUGCUUUGGAGCCCUUUGUUUAUCAAUGGACAGCUGGACACAGUGGCAGCAUCAGUGCAGAACAUGGCUUGGGUUUCAAAAAGAGAGAUCAUAUCUACUACAGCAAAUCCAGUGAGGCGGUGCAACUAAUGCAAAGACUCAAAAAGAUGCUGGAUCCAAAGGGCAUCAUGAAUCCUUACAAAACCAUACCACAAGCUGACUAAUUGCAUCUCACAAUCAUUAUUAACUGUUAAACCUCUAGACACUGUUAUACUGACAAUACUGUCACAUUACUAAUGGCAUGGAAAGUAAGUUCAUUAACAGGAAUGAAAAUAAUUUACUUCAAGUACAAGGUACUAUUUUUUUAUUGCAGAGAAAAGGGAAUCAUUUUUAAAAAUUAGAAUUAUUUGCUUAUAAAGGAAAAGAGAUGGAUCAAUCUGACAGUUGGCCCAGGAGCCAAUGAUUGAAUCCCUCUGCAGGCCUAUAGUGAUGCCACAUCGAGGAUUUUUCAACAUGUUCUAAAGAUAUCUGACAAAUUUCCAGGCAGAUAUUGGUGAGGCAAGCCUACCAGAGGACCCAUACGCAGGCUAAUAAGCUGCCAACUCAGCCCCUUCAGCUUUUAUCAGCCCAUGUAUGACAAGCUUUAACUAGCCAAUAAAGGUAACACCUUUACAACACUUGUUAUGGUUUUACCAAAAGCAUUAUCCCAUAAUUCAAUGGUAUAACACCUUUAUCAGUGGGGUACCUGUGUGAGCCAGGGCCCCCUUAAAAUGUUUCCCCACCAACGCAAAAAUGUGGGUUCCCUUGCGAUUUCAUGGGCAUCGCAGGUCACCGGUGGCUUCCUUGUACCUGAUUCAGUGGAUCAUGGCAGCUACAGCCAUGUCACUCACCAGGGCAGAUAUCUUGGAGUAUCUGUAGUACCCCUGUCGGAAGUGUAGGUUACUGCUUACAGACUUAGCAGUAUAAUACAACUACUAUUGCAAGAAGUGAACAUAUUGCAUGUAAUAUUUUAUAGUUGCAGAAAUUAAGAUCCUUUUUUUUACCACAGUUGCUGAGAAAACCACUUCUCUUACAUGCUUUGAUGUUUGAUAAUCCCAACUGUUUGUACAGUUGUAUAGACUUAUCAGUUAACCAACAUUUUCUAUAUUAAAUGCAUCUACUAUUGCUAGUAAAGGUAAAAUAUAAUGGUAUGAUUUUACCCCAUACACUACCACACCCCCCUCAUAUGAAGCCAGUAAAAAGUAUCCAAAUGAGACUGAUAUCAGCUGUGGAUCUAUAAGAUUCUUGGGACUGUCAUUUGCCAGAGGCUAUCCUGCCUUGCCUGGUGGCUAUACAGUAACUGGCACUGGGGCCACAGUCUAGAUUACUGAGCCAUACUGCUAAACACUGCUGUGCAAGACAACAGCUACCAUUUUGGAUUUAUCAGCAGUUUAGUUGUAUAUUAAAAAAUUCACCAGUACAGUUUUGAAAAUUAAAAUGAGCCAUUUAUCAAAGAAGAGCAGAUGUACAAUAAUUUACACAAUAAAAACAUAUGUUAUAAAAUAACA